UCAAAGGUGCUGAAUGCAGACCUGAAGCAUGAAGAGCAGUAGAAGGGCCCCCUACAGUCUAUGAAGCAAAACCAGGCCUCUCACAGCGUCUUCGAGGAUCACAACUGAGAAGAUCAUGGACGUCUCGAGUCCCAGAACUGAUGCCCUGUCAAUGGAGCCCAGUGCCAAGCUGUUUUGCUGUGGUUUCGUGAGGCGUUGCAUCCCUUUGGUGUAUAGAGAAGAGCUAUACCACAUCCUGCGCAUGACUGGACCCCUGCUUGUGUGCCGGUUCCUGAAUUUCCUCCUUUUCUUUGUGGUGACAAUGUUCUGUGGCCGCCUGGGGAACACUGUGCUAGCGGGCUACGCCAUGGCCUCAGCUACAAUAAAUGUAACAGCUGCAGCGACGGGGUUUGGACUUGCUUUGGCAUGUGACACUUUGGUAUCGCAGACAUUCGGGAGUAAGAACCUUCUCCGUGUAGGUGUCAUCCUACAAAGAGGCAUCUUAAUUCUGACGCUCUUCAGUUUGCCCUGCUGGGCUUUGCUUGUGAAUACCCAGCCUCUGCUUCUUUAUCUGGGGCAGGACCCUGAAGUGGCCAGGAUUGCACAGCUCUAUGUGGUUGUAUAUCUGCCAGCAAUUCCGGCCAUGUUUCUCUAUCAGCUGCAACUGUCAUAUCUUCAAAACCAGGGAGUGAUCAAGCCUCAGAUGUAUGCAUCUGCAGUUGCCAAUGUUGCCAAUGUGAUAGUGAACUACUUUCUUCUGUACUGGUGGGAUUUUGGAGUUUAUGGGUCUGCUGCUGCAAACACCUUUGGUCAGGUUUUUAAUUGUUUUGCCCUGUUUUGUUUUAUUCGCUGGCAGAAGCUCCAUGAGAAAACUUGGGGAGGGUGGUCUUCAGAAGCCUUUCAGGAUUGGGGGUCUUACAUGAAGCUGGCCAUUCCCAGUACACUGAUGACCUGUUUUGAAUGGUGGAUCUAUGAAGUUGGAGGCUUCCUGGCAGGAAUGUUGAGUGAGGUGGACCUGGCCGCUCAACAUGUGGUUAUAAUGCUGGCGUACAUCAACUACAUGAUCCCAUUAGGCAUGCAAGGCGCAGCGUGUGUUCGUGUGGGAAACGCACUUGGCGCUGGGGAAACAGCUGCUGCCAUUUUCACCAGUAAGGUGUCUCUCAUCAGUUCAGCUGUUAUAGCAAUCUUCCAAGGUUUUGUCCUGGGCUCGACAAAAACAGUCAUUGGUUACAUAUUCACUUCCGAUGAGGCUAUAGCAGAGCUUGUGUCUCAGCUACUGAGCAUCUACUGCCCUCUUCAGUUCUUUAAUGGAAUAUUGUGUGUUGGCAUGGGCAUUCUUCUUGGUACAGGGCAGCAGAAGAUAGCCGCUAUUGCAAAUCUCUUUGGCUACUACUGCAUUGGACUCCCAUCGAGCAUUGUUCUGAUGUUCACGGCUAAGUUACAAGUUGCAGGCUUUUGGCUGGGCCUCCUCAUUGCGGUCUUUUUGUUAGCCAUUUUUUUCACUGUGGCUAUUUUCAGAUUAAACUGGAAGAAAAUGACAGAAGAGGCAAUUGAGCGUACAGGAAAGAGUGCAAAUGGAGCAGCAAAUGGAACAAUGACCCCAAGCCAUCGCAACAGCUUCUACCAGGUGGUCCUGAACGCAGAGAAUGGGAAUGGAUACGUGGUUGUGAGCUCUCACGAUCAGGAUGAGGGGCUCAACCAUACUACGGUACAUGAGGGGCCAAACGAGACUCACGUGGAGGAAAAGCCUGCAGUUCUGCUCUCUACAGCUCAGCUGAUCCUCAGGAGGGGUCUGACCACACUCGGUGCUCUUCUCAUCCUAGCUGUAGGGAUAGCUGUCCAUCUCACUGUGCCUUUACCUGAGGUAUCUUAUGGUGCUGGUGCAAAUUUUACUUUGGACUCAAACUUUACCACAGCCACUCCCUUCUAGUCAUUGAGUAUCGUUUGAAACCUGGACAUCAGAUACUGUAGAUUCACUGUGAACCUUUUCUAUCUCUAUGCUGUGAACGUGUGCAGUAAUGAAGAAAUUGUAUUGAAUUAGAAAAGUAGACAUAUUUUCACAUUGGUCUCAGGCUGUAUAUUGUGACCUAGACAGAUGAUCGUAUUUUUAUUCUGUGUGCACUUGCUUUUCCCACAGCAUUAGGCUGAGUAGUAAGAAAAUCGAGCAGCUUAGCAGGAAGAGGUCUGUUCCCAAGUGACACAGUCAUAUAAUCUCUUCAGUUGACAUUUCUAGUCAGGCAGCUGCUGGAGAAAUGCUGGCAAAAAGAAGAUAUUCUAUAAAGCCGCUGUCAUAUAUUGAGAAAUCUGUAUUAUUAAACAGGUGGAACGGUGGGAACUCAAACCAAAUGCUGUCAGUUGCAUGCAGAACCUUCGUAAGGAAUCCGACCUACCUAACGUGAGGGGCUGUUCACACAGAAUGUGUUUUUGUGUUUAAAAGUGUGAGUUUCAGGGUAGUGGAAUUUUAAAAAAAGCAUGGUCUAAAGAUGCAAAAUCAUGCGAAACACAUAAGUGCUGCUUUUUCUACAAAAAUAUGUAUUUGAACCCUUUCCAACAAUGACUGUAUGAUUUUAAGAUCCAUCUUUUCAUACUGAGGACAACUGAGGGACUCAUAUGCAACUAUUACAGUUAUGCUUCAGAAGGAAACACGAUGCAUUAAGAGCUAGGGGUGAAAACCUUGUAAGUAGCUUCUGAAGGACAGUACUAAAUAAAACAAAAUAUGAUAUUUAGGCAAAAUAAGAAAAAUGUACACAUUGUCAUUCUGUUCAAAAGUUUUCACCCCCUGCUCUUAAUGCAUCGUGUUUCCUUCCGGAGCAUCAGUGAGUGUUUGAACCUUCUGUAAUAGUUGCAUAUGAGUCCCUCAGUUGUCCUCAGUGUAAAAAGAUGGAUCUCAAAAUCAUACAGUCAUUGUUGGAAAGGGUUCAAAUACACAAAAAUGCUGAAAAACCAAGGAAUUUAUGGGACCUGAAGGAUUUUUCUGAAGAAAAGUGGGCGGUUUAACUGUAUAGGACAAACAAGGGACUCAUGAACAACAAUCACUAAACAAUAAAAAACAAACAAACACAGCUGUUGAUCAUUCAGGUAACAGCACAGUAUUAAGAAUCAAGUGUAUGUAAACUUUUGAACAGGGUCAUUUUUAUAAAUUCAAUUAUUAUUUUCUCUUGUGGACUAUAUGUUAAUGUCUUUUAUGUGAAAUAUCUUAUUCAGGUCAGUACUAAAUAAAAAAAUAUGCAUUUUAUAUGAUCCCUCUUAUUUUGGUAAAGUAAUUCACAUUUUGCAGAUUCUGCAUGGUUUUUCUAUUUUUCUAUAAAAAAUGUCAAGUUUCAAGUUAUAACAUGCCAUUCUAAAAAUGCAGUGCUUAAGUUAAAAGUCUAGUCUUUGCAAGUUUUCUGCAUUGAAAAACAUGCAUAUUGAGCAGUGGAGUGGAAAUAAGCAAAGUCUUUUUAUUUAUUUUUUAUUGUUUUUUUUUUAGAUGAACUUGAGUGCUGCAUUUUUAUAAUACAGUGUCUUGCAUGAGAUGCAAGCACAAUGGUCAAACACUUUCUGUGUGAACAGCCCUUUACUCUGCCUUGCGUCUUACAUUUUUAAACACAAAAACACAUGAAAGGUCUAGACUGGAAGCAUCAAAGCAAAUGUUCUGAUCCAUUUGUACUGUUGUCAGAAGUAGAACAACCACAAGGCGUACUGUAUGUCAGAAAUAGCACAGGACAUCCGUUUAUUGUUACGCCAUAUUGUGCUGCAUCCAAUGUAAAGAGAAUCGAUUAUAAUGUUUUCUAUUUGCUUUUGAUGUGUCACGACGCUUGUGGCUGGUGUACACGUGGUGUAAGACAAAAACUAUGCAACCUUUUGUGAGAUUGCUCACAUAUGAGUUUUUAAAGGUUAUAGCAAAUGUUUACUGGUAACUAGAGAACCAUCAAGUGACAUAAUGUGCUAUCUCCAUCUGGUUAAGGUCCCUGGUUGGAGAUCUAUUAGAUAUCUUUUCAUUUUCUGUUAAAAGGAACCCUGGGUAUUAAGACUUGUAUGGCUUAAUAUAACAUAAAUGAUGUCUUUAUACAAAAUACAUAGAAGAAAACCCAUAAAAGAUUUAUGUUAUUUUAAAAAUCCACAUCAUUUUAUACAUAUUUUUGACUAUGGGGGGUGUCAUUAUUUUGAUAACGUGAAAUGGUUGCACUCGGUGAGCUACUGGCGCUACCUGUUGCUAUUUUUACAACAACUCAACUUGGAAAAUAAAAUACUGAUACGAUGACCCCAGCGUCUGAAAAAGCUUACAGGUGGCAAUGGAUGUAAGUGUACACGUCCCCUGAUAUUGAGUAAAAUCCACGUUAAUGAACUCCUUCAGUGGCUGCGGCAUCAUGAUAAUUUUCUGCCAGGAUGGCAUCUAGCAUUUCUUGUCUCUGCCAUUUAUAAGCUCUUUCAGUAGCUGUUGUCUGCGAAAAGCCUCAAAGGCAUCAGGGCUAAAGUGAAGAGAACAAAGACACGGAUAGUUUUAUUCGUUCACAGGCAUCUUCCGAUUCUUUUCUCCUCUUCUUAUUGCUAGGAAAGCAAUGAAUAAUGCGCCCCCAUAGUCCAAAUAUGUAUAAAGCGAUGUGGAUUUUCCAUGGGCUUUCUACUACAUAUUUUAGUAAGAGACAUCAUUUACAUUAUAUUAAGCUAUACAAGUCUUUAUACCUAAGGGAAGACACUGAAUGAAUGGAAGAUUGUUUUGUUUAGCUUUUUUCUAUUGACAUAUAACUAAUAUAUUUGAUAAGUUUUUGAUUUUUUUUGUUUGUUUUGUACUGUAAAUCAUUUUUAGUUUUAAAUUUAAGAGGUUUUGUGCAUAAAUUGUAUGCACCACUUACAUAUACUACUUUAUUUACUUUUUAGCUUUAAUAUUUUGUCCUGCUAAUAUAUAUGCAUCUACAUGCUGACAAGUCUCAGGAGUGCUGGUGUCAUACUGUGUGUUGCUAACUUGUUAUAUGUAAAUGUCUGAUCCACCUACAGGCCAUUAACUAAUCAUAGGAAUUUUCCACAUUUAACAGUAUGAAGUGACUGUGACUCUGGGCUGUUUUCAGAUGAGUGUCACGUAUGGAAGUGUAAUUCAGCCGCAGGGAGCAAAAAGUGAUACUAGUGUGGUUUGUUUCAUUGGAACUGAUCAAGUGAAGUGAAGUCAGUGACAUGAUUUAAAUUGAACAAGACAUAAAAACGCACAUGCCCUGUGGUGGGCGGUAGGUAGGUGUUUUAACAUCUUUUUUUGUAAAAAGAUAAUCUAUAAUUAGAUUUAGUUCCUACUUUCAAACAGCUGCACAUAGCUUAGAGCAGCUUAUCACAAAUGAAAUCCUUGGGUCAAUAAAUCACUAUGUCAUUAUAUGUCUGGGAUUAUUUUUCUAUAUCAGCUAUAUUCACAGCCAGGUCACAGUUAAGGUCACUUAACUGAUGAAAUCAGACAGCACCUUUGUAAAAAUCCUAAUCGCAACGAAAGUUGUGAUAGUUAUUUUUUCCCUAGUGUGUUGUAUGUCUGGGUUGAACGGCUUUCUGGACAAGAAAAGAAUGUAGGACGGGGUUUGAUUUUAUCUAUUGGGAAUUGAUUGAUUGUUAUUGUUUUGUAAUUGCUGAGACUUCGAAUACACGUUGCAGGUUUGGAUUAAGAGAACAUAUGAAGUUAAAAAAAAGGAUAUGCACGAAUAAAUAAUUUGUAAUAAACAGUUAGUGAAUUUUGAUGUCA